AUGGAUAACAACACAACAGGAUUUCUCCUUUUGAAAUUUUCAACAAUUUGGGAACUACAGACAAUGUACAUAACUUUAUUACUAAUACUGUACAUAAUGACAGUAACAGGGAACUUUUUCAUUAUCAUUGCUGUUGUUUCUGAUCACCACCUACACACCCCCAUGUACUUCUUCCUGAUGAACUUAGCUGUACAAGACAUUGGUUCUGUUUCUGAUAUUAUUCCCAAAGCUGUUUUCAAUUCUCUUACAGAUAUAAGGAAGAUUUCAUAUGUUGGUUGUGUUGUCCAAGUCUUCUUGAUUCUAUUCUUCUUCGGCUCAGAUGUUGCCCUUCUUACAGUUAUGGCAUAUGAUCGGUAUGUUGCUAUUUGCAAUCCUUUGCAAUAUGAAAUAAUAAUGAACAGGAAAGCUUGUGCCAAAAUGAUUGGAAGUGUUUGGACUGCUUGCCUUCUCAAUUCUGCAUUGCAUACUGUUGAAAUGUUUACUACUCCUUUUUGUUCUAAUAUUAUCAACCAAUUCUACUGUGAAAUCCCACAUUUACUAAAGAUUACUUGCUCUGAUUCAUAUGUGACAGAAAUUGGAGUUGUAGUGUUCAGUGUUUCAUUAACAAUUGGUUGUUUUGUCUUCAUCAUUUCUACCUACAUGCUGAUUCUCGCUGCUGUUCUAAGAAUCCCUUCUGCAGAAGGGAGGAAAAAGGCAUUUUCCACUUGCCUACCACAUAUCACUGUUUUCUCCAUAUUUAUGUUUACUGGUUCCUUUGCUUAUCUAAGACAAAUAUCUGACCAUCCAUCCCAUAUUGAUUUCAUAAUUACAAUAAUGUAUUCCAUUAUUCCACCUAUGAUGAAUCCAUUAAUCUACAGCAUGAGAAACAAAAACAUUAAAGUUGCACUUUCAAGAUUUUUUGGUCAGAGGUCAUUUCAUUUUAAAGCAGUGUGA